AUGGCACCAUUCGGCACUAUCUAUUCUUAUCAGCCCAGCCCUCGGGUUAUGAAGGCCCAGGCAGCAGCCAACCUGAACGGCCUGGAGCUGUCGGUCCCGGAAUUUGCCAUGGGAAAGACCAACCGCACCCCGGACUUCCUGUCCAAGUUCCCUUUAGGUAAAGUGCCCGCCUUCGAGGCCACCGACGGUACUUGCCUGUUCGAGUCCGACGCCAUCACUCAAUACAUUGCUGAGAGCGGCCCCGCCGCCGACCAGUUGGUUGGAGCCACCCCUGCCGAGCGCGCCACUAUCCGUCAGUGGAUCUGCUUUGCACAAGGUGAGAUCCUGGACCCCGUGACCCAGUUGGCUUUGUGGCGUCUCGGUCUUCGUCCUUACGACGAGAAGACUGAGCAGAGCAACCUCGAGCGUUUGGAGCGCUCGCUGGCUUGUCUGGAGAGCCACCUGAAGAAUCACACCUGGUUCGCUGGCGGUGAUAAGCUCAGCUUGGCCGAUAUUACGCUUGCCGCCGCUCUUGUCUGGGGUUUCUCCAUGGCCAUCGAUAAGGACAUGCGCAAAAAGUACUCUACCGUCGUCGAAUGGUACGAGCGCACCAUCGAGUCCAAGGGCGUCAAGGAGGCCUUUGGUGAGAAGAAGUACAUUGAGGAGCGCUCCGUUCCUUCUUCUGAAUCUUCUUAA